AUGCUCGAGCCGCACGCGAGAAGCAGGCCCUUUGAGCAGUCGGCCGCCGUCUACGGCCAUUCGCGCUCGCGGACGACGUCGUCCACGCUCUUCCCCAACCAGGACCAGGUCGCCGGCCAAAUGUCCCUUCACGUCGCCUCCUCCUCCUCCCAGCCCGGCCUGGCGAUAUCGCAAUCCCGCCGCUCGCCGUCGGUCAACACCUUCAGCACCACCUCGACCAUGCCCCCUCCAGCCGCCUACCGCGUCUCGUCGACGACGGACCUGAGCCGGUCCGUCUCGGCCCGCUCCGCCGGCACCACCUGUCCGCCCAGCGGCUACGUCGCCCUCCUGCGAAAGCAAAAGGCGACGGUCUGGUGCGACCGGGCCCAGUACGAAGACCCCCGCAUCGUCGCCCAGCAGCGGGCGGCGAGGAAGCGUGCGAACCUCGAGGUCGUCGCCGGCGCCGCCGCUGCCACCCACGCGGCGAGCCGAACGAACACGGGCAUCAGCGCCACCGGCAAGGUGGCGGCCAAGAUCCGCCAUCACGGGAAGACGCCCGUCGUCGGCUACGCGCCUGGCGAGAACCACGUCGGCGUCGGAGGCGUGCCCAUGCGCCUCAGCGCCACCGAGGUCGAGGGCGAGACGAGCGACGAGGACGACGGCCCGACGGCGCCUCGCAUCCAUCAUCGCAGGACCGGCAGCAGCGGCCGGAGCAGCACCGGCAGCGGCCGCAGGGGACUCUCCUACCGCACCUCCAACGGCCCGGGCACCCAGCUCGGCCAGCGCUGGAGCGCCGGCGACGCCCCCGCCGCCGAGCAGUCGGAGAGCCCCGUCGGCCGCCGGUCGGAGGAGCCCUCGCGGCCGCUCGACGACGCCGCCAGCGGCAAGGCCCGAAGCUCGAGGAGCGGAAGCAGCGCCGAGCGGGCCGACAACGUCGGCGAGCUCGGCAGCCCGCCUCGCCUCGCCAGCAAAUCGCUCAUGUACUCGGCCCUGACGCGCGAGAAGAGCGUCAAGUCUGCCGACGAGCUGAAGCGGCGCGGCAGCGUCGACGAGCGGACGGCAACCCUCACCUCUGGCCGCCUCUUCAUCGCCAACCCGGACUGA